UUAUUUAUCUUCGUCUCCUUUUCAAAGCCAACUGCACUCUCUCUAAAAGGCGCUCUCCAUCGCUAUCUACCUCCUCGCACAGCGAGAUACCGGCGAGAUAAAUCUCGCCAGAAUUUCGCUCUUCCACCGCCAACGGAACUCCAAUUUUCCGAUGGGAGUUCCUAACCGCCUUUGAAUUGUGCUAGAAAACGCUAAUUUCUUAUAGUUUUAUAGCUUGUCGUUUCUUCUGAAUUUUAGGUGAUUAUGACUUUAUAGAAGCAGAAAACAAAGAAAAUAUAUCCUCUCCUGCGCGGUGAGGGCUAUAGCUUGCAGUGCAGGGGAAGAGAGGUUCAUGUGAGGCUUGAAUGCGGAGAUCCUUUGCUUUAGCGUAAUUCCUCAUGCUUUGAAUCCCUUGAACGUAUUAUUUUCUCUACUGGAUCGAUCCUGUUAAAUGCCAACGCCGCGUUCUCUGUCUUUGAUCGAGAAAUAUGAGUUUGAUUGGAGCGGGAGAACGCAAGAAAUUGGAGACUUCCUGUCAGCAGGUGAACCAGCCUGUAUGGGCAAACAAUUGAGAAAGUUUUGAGGCUUCACUUCAUAGUUGAGCUUGUCCAGUUUUGAAGUUUUAAAAUGCCUGUUGAAAUUGUGGAUCAAAGGGGUGGAUCACUGCCAUCAGGCCCAUCACACUAUUUUGAAGACAAUUCUUUUCUGGUCGAGAGACAAACUGGAUGUUGGAAGCCAAAUACUAUGUCCACACACCAAGAUGGAAUGAUACCAGUGCCUGGGAGCAGGUUUGCUGCUUCAUCAACUGUGGAAAGACUUUCACCAAAAGGGGUACCUUCAGCAGAUUGCUUGCUUUCUCUACCGUCAAAUAUAGCCAGAGACCAUAAGGACAAGCUUCAAAUUGGUGGUGAAUCAAGUGCCAGUUUUUCUGAGACUUCAUGGAAGUCUAACAACCAUCAUCCAAGAUCAUGGUCAAAUUUAAGUGCAUAUCCGGCAUCUUAUGGUUUGGAUGGAACAAAGGCUGGUACUAACGGGACACAGUUUGAAAGUAGUUUGUUCUCAAGCUCAUUGUCUGAAAUAUUUAGUAGGAAGCUUAGGUUAUUCGGGAAGGAUGUUCUGUCCCAUCAACCUGUGAAAGCUGUUACUUCCUACCAUGAAGAAGAAUCGUUUGAACUUCUUAAAGAAAUUGAGGCGCGUACUAUUGGGCAUAUCCUCCCUGAUGAAGAUGAUAUAUUUUCAGGAGUGAUCAAUCCGUUGGAACACAAUCCACAAGUGAAUUGUGGGGAUGAAUUAGAAGAUUUUGACCUGUUUAGCAGUGGCGGGGGCAUGGAAUUAGAUGUGGAUGAAAAUGCAAGUGCAGGGCAAUUUAUUGGGGGUGUUUUUAAUGCUCAAGGGCAUUUUAAUGGUUCAAUUGUUGGAGAGCACCCCUCAAGAACACUUUUUGUGAGAUACAUCAAUAGUAAUAUUGAAGAUUCUGAACUAAAGGCUCUUUUUGAGCAAUAUGGAGAUAUAAGAACACUCUAUACAGCCUGCAAACAUCGUGGAUUUAUCAUGAUUUCUUAUUAUGAUAUUCGAGCUGCUCGAAAUGCAAUGAACGCACUUCAAAAUAAGCCACUGAUGCGUAUGAAACUUGACAUACAUUAUUCAAUUCCAAAGGACACUCCAUCAGUAAAAAAUGUCAACCAGGGGGUUCUGGUGGUAUCCAACCUCGAUUCCUCUGUUUCUGAUGACCAGCUUCACCAGAUAUUUGGUAUUUAUGGAGAUGUCAAAGAAAUCAGAGUGACUCCACACGGGUUUCAUGACAAGUUCAUAGAGUAUUAUGAUAUUCGAGCUGUAGGGGCUGCUUUUAAUGCUUUAAAUGGGAGAGACAUUGCUGGGAAGCAGAUCAAGCUUGAACCAAGCAAUACCGGGCGUACAAAAUGGAGUUCGACGCAACAAACUGAGCCAGAGCGAAAUGAGCUUCAAAGGCCUUUUGAAAAACUUCCAUCAGAACUCGUUGCAAUGUUUCCACCUUGCUUAAAUGCAUCUGGCUGCAUGGAUGGUGGGCCAAUUCGGGUUUUACCUUCUGCUGCUCCAUCGCCUUUAAGUGCAGUAACUGAUCCACAUAUCGGUUUGAGUGUACCCAAAAGCCUGUCCUCUCCUUUGACUGUGGCAUCCAUCAGCAAACAAGCUGGACUUCAUGAGCCCCACCAAGUGAAGUUUGGUAGUCAAUAUGUUCCAAGUCUCCAUCCCCAUUCUCUCCCUGUUUAUCACGAUAGUCUGGCCAAUGGUAGUCCAUACAGUUCUUUAAGCAGUAUCAGAGACAUGGGUAGCAGUGGUGGUACUAGAGUGACUGAAGGUUUUGAUAAUAAGUGCAUUAAUGGUGUGAGCUUAAAUGGACAACCCACGGAAUUUAAUGGCGGAGUUUUUGGAUCUUCUGGAAAGGGAGCCUGCACAACGCGUGGACAUCACUUUACGUGGAAUGGCUCCAGCUCCCCUCAGCAACAUCCUUCAAGCCCAAUGAUUUGGUCUAACUCACCAUCGUUUGUUAAUGGUGUUCAAUCACAUCGUUUUCCACAUGUGCCUGGAUUUCAUAGAGCACCUCCCCUAAUGCUGAACACAGCAUCGCCUGUUCAUCACCAUAUUGGAUCUGCCCCCGCUGUUAAUCCUUCCCUCUUGGAGAGGCAACACGGCUAUAUUGCGGAGUCUCCUAAAGCAUCUGGUUUCCAAUUGGGUUCCCUUAGGAACGGGGGUUUUCCUAUUGGUUCUCCUUCACAUCCAGCGGAAAUUGCAUCUCGCAACAUUUUUUCUCAUGGUGGAAAUUACAUGGAGAUGAAUAAUAAUGCCGCAUUACACUCUCCUCAGCAGAUGCUCCACAUUUUCCCUAGGAGGAACCCAAUGAUUUCGGCACCAGCCUCUUUUGAUCCAUCUAAUGAACGUGUGAGAAACUUUUCACAGCGUAGAAAUGAAUUCAAUUCUAAUUAUGCUGAUAAGAAACAAUACGAGCUCAAUAUCGAUCACAUACUGCACGGUGAAGAUUGCCGAACUACACUGAUGAUAAAGAACAUUCCAAACAAGUACACCUCAAAGAUGCUUCUUGCUGCAAUUGAUGAGCAUUGUCGAGGAACUUAUGAUUUUCUUUAUCUUCCAAUUGACUUCAAGAACAAAUGCAAUGUCGGCUAUGCAUUCAUAAACAUGAUCGACCCACAACAGAUUAUUCCAUUCUUCCAGGCAUUCAAUGGGAAAAAAUGGGAGAAGUUCAACAGUGAAAAGGUGGCAUCUCUUGCAUAUGCUCGGAUUCAGGGCAAAGGUGCAUUAAUUGUACAUUUUCAGAACUCGAGCUUGAUGAAUGAGGAUAAGCGUUGCCGACCUAUUCUGUUUCACACCGAUGGUCCUAAUGCUGGUGAUCCGGAGCCCUUUCCUAUGGGCACAAAUAUUCGGUCGAGACCAGGCAAACCUCGAACUGGGGGUACUGACGAAAAUCAAAAGCAAGGGAGCCCUCAAAAUUCUGCCGAUGGAGAGGGCUCUUCCAAAGCAGUGGAAUCUUCAUCCGGUUCUUCAGAUAUCUCGAAUUGAGUAACUGCCUUGUACCAGGCACUAACCAUGUCCUCGUAUGAGAGUACGAAGUGUAUAUCCACCUGAAUACCGUAUGCCGGGGGGUGGCCUGAUGACUUUUUUCGCUGUAUAGAGCAGUGUUCUAAACAUAACGAAAACCAAGUGGGGUAACCUCAGAAUCUUCAUUGUUUCCAUAAAUUUUUUUGACAUGGCCAACUAUGAGUGCAGUGAAUUGCCUGGCAGUAUCAAAAUUUUGGGUAGUCCUGUGUAACCAGUGUUGUACAGAAGUUCCAAGGCUUUUUGAAUGGCUAGUGAGCCUCUGUUUUUGUUUCAAUUUCGUAUCUUGGUGUGAUUUCACUCUGCUUCAGGGUGAUGGGAAUUUUUGGUACCUCUGUUUUGGUGUAAAUGAGGUGCUAGUAGUCCUCAACGAGAAUGGAAGAACACAUUCAAGCCGCCUGGUUCUUGAAAUUUUAUCUAUGUAUUUAUCUUUUAAUCUUGUGAUCCCAAUUCCUAAGUCAUCUUUAGGAAUGCUGAAAUUAGAUUUGAUUCAAUCGAUGAUUGCUGUUGCAGCAACAUUGUAUGGCUGUUCGCAGUGAAACUUGAUAUGCCGAUUCAAGGUAGGCAA